AGGGAUCGAACUCGUGCUGCAGAGGCUGCGGAUUGCUUCACAGUGCGGUGCUUAACUCCUUGCACCACCAGGGAGGCCCAAAUUUUCUAUUUUUUUUAACAGAAUAAUGAUCUGAAUAUGGGUAGCGUGGCCCAAGUGCCUACAGGCAGGGAUUACUGGUGUCAUCUCUGGUGAGGGUAAGGUACCCGUCAGCAUCAUUAGGGUCAAGGAGAGCCACUUGCCACAUGGCUGGACAUUAGGUUUUUUCCAGCUGAAUGCGUCCCUCCCUGGGCCACGCAGCUGGCGGGGCUUUCCUAACCUGUCACCAGGAGAGUGAGGCGUGAUAUUUUGGUCGACUUCAUUGUGUCUGGAAGGGUGUUGCAGUGUCUGGGACUAGAUGCUGUUGAGCAGCAGCAUCUCCAGCAGCCAUGCUGUUUGGCAAGAUGCCGCGCAGAGAAUCUUCAGAAAGAGCCCUCAUAUUAGGGUGGCUUGUCCAUUGAACCACAGCUUCGUGCUGUCUCCUGUGGCACUUGGCGCCCCAUGGAUGCACUUAAAACCAGAUAUUGAGUUUGUGAAUGUGUUACUGCCAAGAUCCUCCUUCUGCACAUCUUACUUUAAGCUUGGGUAUUUAUCUGGUUCUGAAUAAAAUUCACAAAGGCAGCUUUUAUUGCUUCCUGCCUUCAACAGGCUUCUUUAUGGUUGUUGAUUAAAGUUUCUGCAUUCACAGGACUUACCUAGCUCUACCAUAUUUGAGGAACCUAGUGGACAAAAGAAUAAGAAUUCCUAUAUAAGAACCCUUAAAAUUCUAUUUGACUUACAUGGGUUCAUUACUGACAAGUGAUAAUGACCUGGAGUUGAGUUGACCGUCAGUUGCCAAGUUGUUCUCAGUUACAGUAUUUUAUUUUUCAUUGAUCCCUUCCUCCCUUCAAUAACAUUUCUUGAGCACCUUCAAGUGUUAUAGAUAGGCCCCCACCUCCACCCCGUCUGAGGGGGACAACUAUGUGAACCAGUAAUUACUAUUAUGGGGCUCACAGAGGAAGAAGUUUCUGGCUAGUGUGUCAGGAGAGUGGCACAAAAGAGGUGGUAGCCUCUGAGCUGGUGUCUCAGGACUUGAGAGCAUUUUUAGUAUUUGGACAGCAGGGAAUGACCCAGUGGCAAAAGAAAUCUUUUCAAGAUAGGAGGGAGCACGCAUGUGUGAGCAUCUUCUUGAUGGUUCUGGGAGGUGUGACCUUGGAAGAGCUGGCCCCUGGUCCUGGUGAGGCUGGAGCAAGGCAGAGGAGAACCUGUGUUUCCCCGGAGGUGGGCUGGCACUCGGUGCAGCACAGAGUCUUCUACCGUGUUUUAUCCACUUUUAGUGCUGUCUUUGGUUUUCUCUGAAUAUUCAGUCUUAGAAAUAGUUUUCAGAAUCAAAAUGUUGAUGUGGUUUGAUACCAAAAUCUACUUUGGCUAACUAGCCAAAGCCUGUCUGUCACUGUCGAGCUGAGUCCCUCACAGGUCUGAUACAAGCGAGCGCAGGGUGAGCAUUGGGUUUGAAAUGGGACCAGCUCCAAGGAAGGAGCCUAGAUGUUUCUAGCCCUUGGAUUUGGUUGCAGUUUCCAACUUGAAUUGCACUGCAUGCAGCCUAGAAGAGAUGAACAAACGUGAGCCAUUGCGAGUGAAGCAGUGGCUGUGGCCCAAGAGGACCAUGAGGGCAGGUCCCUGGGGAGGCCAGUGUGCCACCCCAGCCCCCUCCAACACAGGAAUAGGUUGGAUUCCAGCAGGUACCUCACCUUCUACCAGCUGUGAGCAUUCUCUGGAUCCAUGACUUUCCUGUCCUUUCCUCAGCACCGUCAUGUGGCCAAGUGAGCACUAGACAGAAGUCCUGCCCCUGCCCGCAGGGCCCACCAGGCCCAAUACCAGUGAGCAGAAAUGGCCACUCAAAUAGAUGGAGUUUGCUCCCUGGCUCUUGGUCUGACUCUGUCACUGCUGCUCUUUAGUUGCACUGUCUGUCCUCUGUCCAAGAGCUGGCGCAGCAUGGUAAUGAGGUGCAGUCUCGGGCUUCUGUCCCUGAGGCAUCCAGCCAGGUCCUGGGAUCCUGUUUCCUGCAUACAUUCUCCUUUGAGGACCAUGAACUUACAGCAUGUCUUCUCUCCACAGUGUUCCCAACUCCUGCCCGGCCAGUCCACGGGGAGCUGGAUCCUCCGGCUACCGCUUUGUCCAGAAUGUGACCUCAGACCUGCAGUUGGCAGCAGAAUUCGCCGCCAAGGCUGCCUCAGAGCAGCAGGCAGACACGUCUGGAGGGGACAGCCCCAAGGAUGAAUCAAAGCCGCCGUACUCAUACGCUCAGCUGAUUGUGCAGGCCAUCUCCUCCGCACAGGACAGGCAGCUAACACUAAGCGGCAUCUAUGCCCACAUCACCAAGCAUUACCCAUAUUACAGGACGGCUGACAAAGGCUGGCAGAAUUCUAUCCGACACAACCUCUCUUUGAACCGUUACUUUAUUAAAGUCCCCCGUUCUCAGGAGGAACCUGGGAAGGGGUCUUUUUGGCGAAUCGACCCUGCCUCAGAGGCCAAACUUGUGGAGCAGGCAUUCCGAAAACGGAGACAGCGCGGUGUUUCCUGCUUCCGGACCCCUUUUGGACCUCUGUCAUCACGGAGUGCUCCAGCCUCACCCACUCACCCUGGGCUAAUGUCCCCUCGUUCUAGUGGCCUGCAGACUCCAGAGUGCCUGUCUCGGGAGGGCUCACCCAUUCCACAUGACCCUGACUUUGGGUCAAAGUUAGCUUCUGUUCCAGAGUAUCGCUAUUCCCAAAGUGCACCUGGCUCUCCCGUCAGUGCCCAGCCAGUGAUCAUGGCUGUGCCUCCCCGACCUCCCAGUUUAGUGGCCAAGCCCGUUGCCUACAUGCCUGCCUCAAUAGUGACAGCUCAGCAGCCCUCUGGCCACGCCAUCCACGUGGUGCAGCAGGCCCCACCUGUCACCAUGCUCAGGGUGGUCACCACCUCCGCCAGCUCUGCCAACGGAUACAUCCUCACCAGCCAGGCUUCAGCAGGGGGCACCCACGAAGCAGCAGGCACAGCCGUGUUGGACCUGGGCAGUGAGGCCAGAGGCUUGGAAGAGAAAACCACCAUUGCAUUCGCCACCAUCCCUGCCACCAGCCGGGUUAUCCAGACAGUGGCCAGCCAGAUGGCCCCAGGAGUCCCCGGACACACAGUCACCAUUCUGCAACCAGCCACCCCAGUGACCAUCGGGCAGCACCAUCUUCCAGUCCGGGCCGUCACGCAGAAUGGGAAGCACGCCGUCCCCACUAACAGUUUAGCCGGCAGCGCUUACGCCCUCACCAGCCCCCUGCAGCUCCUUGCAGCCCAGGCUAGUUCAUCCACUCCAGUGGUGGUCACCCGGGUGUGUGAGGUGGGGCCUGAGGAGCCAGCGGCAGCAGUAGCAUCAGCAGUCACCACCACCACCACCCCAGCCACUGCCAGCACCACCUCCACCUCUGCCUCUUCCACCGGGGAGCCCGAGGUCAAGCGGUCCCGAGUGGAGGAGCCCAGUGGAACUGUGACCACGCAGGCUGGGGUAAUCACAGCUGCUGGCCCGCAGGCUCCGGGCUCCGGGGAAUGAAGUCACCUGCGUGUAGGUGGAGCAGGACGCAUGCCGCAAGAAUUCUGGAGCUGGAUCGCAAUGCUGACAGCGCUGCCGCUCCUGGAUGUGGGGAGAAAACUCCACGCUGCGGAAGCACGGUGCCAAACAGACAGGAUGGCCUCCAUCUACCUGCACCUGGACACACUCAUCCUCCUUUCCAUUCUCUCUCCUGCCCCUGCUCUGGUUCCAAACAAAACAUAUAAACAAGUUCAGACAGCUGAUUGUAUGAUUCUGGGAAUUCUUUGUUUUUAUUUCCUUCUCCCUUAGCACACCAUCUUCUCUCCCCAGGCCUGUGUCAAGGGCAUGGGAGAAGGUCUAGCAGCGUCUCAAGGAAUGUAUCACAGCAGACCUGGCCACACGCAGAGGCAAAAAUCUGGAGCAAACUGCUUCCCUGGGAGGACCAACAGACAUACAGCCUGGGACACACGGGCCCUCCGCAAGAAAGGACAGGACCAGGGAUAAAUCCCCAUUUGUGAUCAAUUUGAACAGGCCAGAGAAAGACAAGAACGGCCGAAUUUCAGACUGUUUCAUGGUGUUUUCUCCCUAAAAGUGACAGAAAAUAUUGGCAUUAAUCAGGGGAGGGGGGUUCAGUUUGGCUUUGCACCCCAAGCGUGUCUUGUUUAAAUGUGGAGCCUGGGAGUCACAUCAAACUGAGACAAAAAAGGAAUCAUCUGUCUUUGGGGUUUUCAUCUGUGGACGGUGUAACACGUUGGGUCUGGGAUUCCUUCAAGAGUAAAUCUGCCGCUCUGUCUGUUAACUUCAAGAAAGAUUGACGGCUUGAGGCAGAAAACUGUGAAAGAGCAGCUGGGAGCCAGCGUCCCCCCUGCAGUGCUGGCUGUGCCCAGAUUGCAGGGCCGUGGAACUGCAGGCUGGUGCUCCUGGUGGCUGAGGGUGGGCAGGGGGACCUUCACACCCAUGUUUCUCCCAAAACAGUAGGACCUGCCCCGUGUUCUCUGCUUCUGAUGCCCUGGUGCCAGCAUACCACUCUCGGGAUCCGUGCUGAGUGUCGGCUGCUCAUGCCGCUUUCUCAUCUGGUUCGUUGUCUUCACCACCCAAAACCCAUCUGCUGUUUUAAAUUGGAACUAAUUCUCCUGCCGGCAGCACCAGUGGCUCUGAGGUAGGUCAGCAGCAGCUGGGAGCAGGCUGUUCUCCCACCCCCAGCUCCUGCUGACUCUGUCGAUCUUGUCUCCUGGGGUGGGGGGACCACCUUUGUGCACAGAUGCCCAGCACCAUCGGCAGCUGUCACCAGGCAAGAGGUGCAUGGGACCAUCUGAUGUGCAGCCCAAGUUGGGGGUCUCACUGCUCCUGGAGAACAUUCUCAGGAAAUGCUAAGAUCACCUCUGUGAAGUUAUGGUGCACCUGGCCGGAAGCCUGGGCAUUGGUUUGGUGGUGGACACAACUGAAAAACAGCAAGCUGCAUGGAGCUCGAGAGUCAUAGAGACAAUGGUUUUAGCCUCUUACCAGCAAAGCUGCUUCCUCAACCCGAGGGAACCUCAGUCUCGGUAAAAUCUGAGGGGAAGGGCACAGGCUGCAAGACCACCCUGGCCAACAGCACUAGCUCAAAACCGGGGGGGGGGGGGG